AUGGCGGAUCCGAAGAUCGGGAAGGACGUGUCAAACGGUGUUGAAGGCGAUCAUGCCGAUUUGAAAGAUCAAGUUUACCUCGAAGAAACGUUUUAUAUUCUUUCAAAGAAGAAUUCAGUGUUUCGAGUUCGACUUACGUCUAAAGGAUUAUCCUUAACAAAAGAAACAGAUGGAAAUUCAAAAGAACAGACGAUCCUUUUGCGCGAUAUCAUCGGCGGUAAAUGUAUGAGGAGUAAGAGACGACGCCCCGGAGCUGGCUCCUGCGUCUGUAGCUCGCUGGUGGGCCAUCAACAGCUCAAAGUCGUGGACGAAAACAGUGGAGACCUCGACGAGAACGACAUCAGCGCGUACCUGUAUAUUUAUGCAUACAUAUUGAAACGCAGCCGCCGCACUCUGAAGAGGGAGAGAACAACAAUAACACUGCGGUUUCGGUCUUUCGACAAAUACGAGGAUAACAACAGAGAAGCGCAAAAGUGGCGGUCGACGAUAAAGUGUUUGAUAGCGGGGCAGUCGAUUACGUAUGCGCCACCUGCGAACGAUAAGAAACUUUUAAUUCUUUUGAAUCCAAAAUCCGGGCCAGGCAAAGCGAGGGAACUGUUCCAGUCAAAAGUGGCUCCUAUAUUGCAAGAAGCAGAGGUUCCUUAUGAUUUGCAUGUGACGAAGUACGCGAAUUACGCGCGAGAAUUCGUCAGGACGCGAAAUGUGUACAACUGGAGAGGGAUUGUCGCAGUAGGUGGUGAUGGAGUCCUGUUUGAAAUCCUCAAUGGCAUGUUUGAACGACUGGACUGGCAACCGGCAUUGGCAGAAGUACCCCUGGCAAUAAUGCCUUGUGGCUCCGGCAACGGGCUGGCUAGAUCCAUCUGCCAUUUGUACAACGAACCCUACAUUAAUCAGAACCUAACCGGACUCACAAUGGCGCUGGCAAGAGGCAAAACAGCGCCAAUGGACGUAGUCCGAGUAGAAACCAAAUCCAAAAUAAUGUUUUCGUUCUUAUCAAUUGGCUGGGGAUUAUUGUCAGACAUUGAUAUAGAAAGUGAGAGACUACGAGCGAUUGGGGGACAGAGGUUCACACUUUGGGCGCUGGCAAGGUUAGUCGGGCUGAGGAAAUAUAAAGGUGUAGUGAGCUACGCAAAAAUAAAGGAUGUGGGCAAUCUGCCCAAGCCAAAACAACCGUUGACGCUCAGUCACAGUGUCAGUCAGGACGGCGCGCUCGACUCCCCCGACGCGGAAGCAUUCAUUGACUGCGAUGAAAAUUCAGACGUAUUUACCAACGCUAUGAACGGUAAACACCAAAGGGUAGACUCUUGGUACUCGGUCAAUUCGCGGAGGAGUGCGUUCUACAGCACGCGCGGUUCAGAGUACCACAGUGUUACAAGCGGCGGCUCUGAAAUGCGGUCACCGGUGCACACAUGCAUGCACGGCCCAGCCUCGCACCUACCCUCGCUCAUGUCCCAGCUGCCUUCGCAUUGGGUGCACGAGGAGGGUGAAUUUGUCAUGGUACACAUUUCAUAUCAGUCUUAUAUCGGCGAAGACUUUUUAUUUGCACCUCGGUCGCAACUCUCAGACGGAGUUAUGUGGAUGCUGAUUAUAAAAGCCGGCAUUCCGAGAUCUCAACUGUUUUCAUUUUUUAUGGGCAUUAGCCAGGGUACACAUGCUGAAGUCAACAAUGAGUAUAUCAAAAUGGUACCGGUGAGCGCAUUUAGGAUAGUGCCCGAGGGCCCUCACGGGUAUCUGACUGUGGACGGCGAGUUAAUGGAGUACGGGCCUAUUCAAGGGGAAAUAUUUCCCAAUAUCGUCAAUCUUCUGGUGCCAGACACAAAAUAGCAUCACAUCACAUGUCGCUACUUUUAAGAGAAUCUAUUGAUUUAAUUGAUUUUUUCUCUGAACGACUGAUUCAGUUACCUGAUACUUAACCGAGCCGAUGAAAGUGAAAGUGCAAUAUUCUGAAAAGAUAGAAGAUUAUGAUCGCGAAGGUUGUGCCAGAUAAAUGACUAAAUUAUUCAACCAAAGUAUAUUAUUGUAAUAGCAAAAAUGUAUUGAUCAUUCCGUGAAUGUUGUGAUUUAGUUAAUAAACUUAUAUCAAAUUAAUUUAUUUAUGAGCCGAUUCAAAAAUAACAUUUGUGAUAAUAAUUUUAUAAGUGAACUAUCAUGUUUGGAAAAUGUUAAUUUAGCUACUAGUCAUAGCUUUCGACAACUGGAAGCCAGUGCCAAAUAUUCUGCACUCUAAUCUAAAAUUGUUCACUUCGUGUUAUCAUUGUCAAGGAAUUGAUUAAUUUAAAAAGUGUAAUUGAUUGCUCAAAUCAUCAAAUGAAAUGUCGAGCAGUCUGACUAUUAUAAUCAUGUAUUACUAAAUUGUUAUUCUACUUUUUAUGAUAAAUUACAGAUGAAGAAAAUCAUUGCGUACUGCAGUAUUGAGAUUGCUCCAUGUUCUCUGUGUGCCAAUGAAAACUUUUCUCUAGGCUCAAGUGAAGCUUAUUUUUAAGGUUCAAAAUGCACAGCAACAGGCAAACUAUAAGUUUUAAUAUGUGGAAGACAGCAAAUUGCUUUAUAGUAUAAUAAUAUAAUUACUAGUUUAAAACAAUUAAUAUAUUUCGGCACUUUUAGAAAAGCAUCACAUUAAACUGAACUGCAAGAUUCAGUAAAUAAAAAAUAGAAGCUGUUCUGUUAGUUCAAUUUAUGUAAAAAUUUUACUUGCCUUCUUUAUAAUUGUAAUUAAUUAUAAUGGUUUAUUUUGUAACAUUUUAUUUUUGUAAGACUGUAAGAAUUAUCUAAUAAAUAGGUAAACACUGGGUUGGGGAUGAGGUUGAUCAUUGCUACUACUUAAUCAUGGUAUUUAACCAGUAUUAAGGUGAAGUUAACUAUUAUGUUUAAUUGUUUCUGUGAUAGUAUUGAAUUCUGCCAUAUUGAUUUAUUAAAGGUCCAAAAUUUGUACAAUAAAUGGUUUAGCAUUGAAAUUAACAAAGCCCCAGUACACGCCUAAAAUUUUGUACAAGAAUUUACAAGUAAUUGAUUAUACAUUAGUAUAUUCCGGGCCUGAUAGCUUUGUAAUAAAUGUGACGGUUAUUUUUUCUUGCCUUGUAGUGUAAAUUCUAUACUAUGCAUAGAAUUACGAUAAUAUAUAAAAUAAGCAUGUCCCAGGAAGUGAACUACAAACAGUGAAGCUUCUCAUAUGGUUUUCUAUAUAUUUAUUAUGCAUUUUGUUUAAUUCAUUCCAUUUUGCACAAUUAUCCACCACGCCGCAGCUCCGUGGUGCGUGCACAACUCUGUAUAUUGCUUGCUGUGUUACCAAUUUUUGAAAAUAACACUGUUUUGUAGUACAUUCCAUUUUCAAAAUAUCUGUUUUAUUAAUAUAAGUAUGAGCGUUAUUAAUAAUAGUGAAAUUUUAAAAUAAUUGAAAACAGUUGUGUAAUAAAAUUAUUAAAGUUAUCCAAAUGUCAAGUUUAUGAAACUGUUGUCAAUAAAUGAUUGUACAAAUA